UAUAUGCAGGUAGCGUGUUCAGAAGGUUUCGUACUUCAAAAGGGACCCCUGUCUGUCGCGUCCUUUACGAUGUUUCCUUUUUUUAUCUCACAAGUUAUAUCUUUUGCCCGGCACGGUGCGUACGUCGACGUUAGCCUAGCUACAUCCUAAAAACAGUGAAAGCGUUUGUAAGAAUGCACGUUUGCUCCGUGAUUAAAUGCAGGCACCGCUCGCGUCUCCCAGAAGGUCGACAAAGAAACAAGGAUGUGUCUUUUUACCGGCUGCCCUCCGUUUUGAAGCACCAGGGGGCUAAAACGGAAGAGCUCAGCCGUCGACGGAGGGCACGGUGGUUGACCAAUAUUUGCCGCGACGACCUGCUGGCCAAGGAGGCAGCCCAAACGUCGACACUGAUUCACCUACGAGUGUGCAGUGACCAUUUUGUCGGCGGAAAGCCGUCAGCUUUGUAUGAUCGGCGCAGUCCAGACUGGGCACCCACCUUGAAUCUGGGACACAGUAACCCAGUUGUCGGAGAAAUGGAUAAUCUGGACAACUUUGUGCCCAGAGAUGAGUUGCCAAACUACGGCAGCAUACAGACUCCAUCGGGGCCAGCAGUAAUGGAGAAAGGGCAGUGUUUGACUGCUCCCAUGCUGUACAUGUAUGGGCAGAAUGAGUUGACAGCUCAUCAUUCCCUUCAUUUUGAGCACAGCCAUCACCACGCAGACAACCUGGUAAGAGCAGCCAGGCCAGAGGUCAUGAGGGUUGACAUGCCGGUCCCAGGGAUGCCGAUCUCCGAGUCUAUCAAAAAAGAAGUGAGGUGCCAGACUGACCUGACCCAGCGUCAGAUGCGACUGAACGAGGAGGAUAUGAUGACUCUGAGAGGUGAGCUGUACCAGCUGCGGCAGAAUGCGGCGUGCAGCCUCCUGGACGAGUUGGCCUUCCAGAACGACGACGGCAAGGUCCGCUUCUACACCGGCCUACCCUGCUUUGGUCUGCUGCUAGCAUUCUUUGACUUUGUCGUGCCCCAUGUGGCCAGGUCUCACAGGAAUGCCCUCACCCCGUUUUCCGAGUUUGUGAUGGUGCUAAUGCGACUGCGCCGCAAUCUCCCGCUGCAGGAUCUGGCCUACAGGUUCAACGUCUCAACCGCCACAGCCAGCCGGCUGUUUGAGCGAUGGAUAGACACGAUGGACAUCAGGUUCAGUCACCUCAUCAUGUUCCCAGACAAGGAUCUGAUGGACAGCUGCAUCGCUAAGGAGUUUGCGACGGCGCUGGGCAACCACAGGAAUCUGAUCUUUGUGCACUGUAUCGAGCUGCAUGUUGAUUGGCCCAGGUGCUGGGUCAAGAGGUCAAAUCGAAAGAACCCCGAAGAGGUGAAGUUUCUAAUUGGCCUGAGUCCCUGUGGCCUGAUAGGUUUUGUGUCCAAAGUUUGGAUUGGCAAAGAGGCUCCAAAUGAUCAGAUGGGUUUAAUCAAGCAGAGCGGCCUUGUCGAUCUUUUGCACUGCAACGACAUCGUGCUUUCCACCCCCGACUUUGACUUCUCCCAGUCCGGCUUGUACGCCGCCAAAGUUACCCCGCCAGACAUUUCCGAUGGAACGAAGCGGCUCUGUGCCAUCAACUUAAGUGAAGACAGUGCCAAGAGGAUUGCCGGCAUUGUGAGAGUUCAAACCGAGGGCGUCAUACGCUCCCUGCGACAGAAGUACCAGAUUCUGGAAGGACGGUUACAAGUUGAGCUUGUGAAACGGCGUAAUGGCCGCAUUGAUUCACACAUGGACAAAAUCGUGAGAGUGUGCUGUAGUUUGAUCAAUACCUGCGCCGCGAAAUCUCCUCAGUGCUUGGCCGUCAUGCAUGUAACUUGAGUGCAAAAAAUGCAUCCACAGUCCAUCGUGGUGAACAAAAGGUGUCAUCAGGGUUUCUGAACAUAAUUUAUUUGGAAGCAUAUGCAUCGCUUACGGGUUCCAACAUUUUUCUUCACCAGUGCAUUGCAUUUCAUUUUUACGUAGCCACCUCCCACAUUGCGUGAAGAGGCAGAGAUCGGACUUAAGGUUUGCCACUGUGCAUUGUCAUUUGACCCCCAAAUCAACUUUUUGUGCAGCCCUGUUUGCAACGCUUUUUUUUUUUUUUUCGGUGCGCGUGCAGUUCAAGUCGCAUGAUGUACAAUGCACCACUUUGAUGACGGGGAUGUGUUUCGGUGUUGUGUAGAACUGAAUACACCGUGGGUUCGGUCCCAGCAGAAACUUGUUCCGUUUUUCUGCAGUCUAUGCAAGGCUGAUAUUGCAGGCUGAAAAUGCUGGAACUGUGCAUGUAGUGUCGUUUUGUUUGACGCAUACCAUCAUGCGCAGACAGAAAACUUAUUACCAGUCGUCAAGCUAUCGUACACUCAUGUAUUCCACUGCCCUGCAUUGCUGGCUUAAUGUUGCUUUCUCAUUGGCUGAAAUCGAAAAGGAGCCUGUCAAUUUAAAAAACUAUUGGACGCUUCCCUUGGAAAGCAUUUUUUGUUGAGUGGGAUUUUGACCCGUACAUCAAAAAUGUGAAAACGGCGGCCUUAUUUCCAGUUGAGUUGUGAUUUUAGUGGCAUUUCCAGCGACAUAAUUAGAAGUUUGUCAUUAUACCUUUUUAAGGCUUUGCCAAAUAUCCGAAUAACAAAUAUUCAAUCGACUAUAUUUGAAUGUUAUUUGUCGAAUUUGAAUAUUUGAGUG